AUGUCAUCAAAAUCAAUCAAAAAAUCCACAUUACCACCAAUAAAUCUAAUAUUUAAAUUCUUACAACAACAAUCAUUAGUGAAUAUAUGGUUAUAUGAACAAACUGAUUCAAGAAUACAAGGUAAAAUACAAGGAUUUGAUGAAUUUAUGAAUUUAGUAAUUGAUGAAGCUGAAGAAAUAACUAGGGGGAAAAAAGUAUCAUUAGGUAGAUUAUUAUUAAAGGGAGAUACAAUAACAUUGAUAUCAAGUCUAGAUGUGUAG